AUGAGAACUAUAGUGGAAGCUGCUCGUGCCGAACUACAUACUGGAAAUCUUAGCAAGCAACUUUGGGCUGAAGCUAUGAAUUAUUCCGUGUUUACCAUAAAUCGUACAGGUACCAGCUCGGUCAAAGGUAAAAGUCCAGCUGAACUUUGGUUUGGACGUCAUGUGAGUAUCAAGUCUAUGAAGUCAUUUGAUUGUAAAUGCUACAUACUCAUACCAAAUAAGAAUCGUAAGAAGUUGGAUAAGAAAAAUAAAAGAAAAAUAGAAAUAUCUUGCGAUGUUAUUUUUGAUGACAAAUUGAAUCAAAACCUAAACUCGACGGAAAUCUUUCUUAAUAGAAAACCAAAAGGCCUGAAAGAAGAAAAACACAUCAAAAAUUCUGAAAAAGAGGAGCAUGUCAAUCGACAGGAGGAGAAUCAUGAUACAGAGUCAAGUGAUGAAGAAAGCUUUGCCAGCGAUGAUAAAGUGGACAAAGAAUCACAAAUUUUCGAUGAAGGUGAAAUUCAAUCUCAAGAUGUACUACAGCGAGGACUACGAGACAGAAAACUUCUGAAGCCACCCAACAGGUAUGAUCCAUGUGCUUCAAAUCUAAUGGCAUUAAUCGGAGACGUGGAAGAGAUAUCGGUCGAGGAUGCUUUAAACAAUCCAAAGUGGAAACGUGCAAUGGACGAUGAAAUGCACUCAUUGGACAAAACAUAUACAUACAUGGUCACUGACUGA